UCGUGUGCGUUCAUACCAAGUGUUUCUCAAAGUCGGUCAAGAUAUUGAAUGCCAAAUUUAUUUUCUCAACAGGAAACUGGAUUUCACUGAAAGUGUUAAGUGGUUUUCAGCAGCGGCAAGGAGCACCGAGACGACGUAUUACAAAAAUUUCAUCCAGCAGAAACUUUGCACACUUGAACGACAUGGCCGAUAUGCCCGACCUCGAGAGCCACGAGUCCAUCGACGAACAAGAGGAAAUCGAAGCAACCAUGAACGUGGCGGUUCCAAAAAAACCCAUAGCCACCGGGUCCGAGAAGCCCGGACCUGCAGCUCCCGAGACGGCGGCUACCUCCGGCAAGGGUGAUAAGCCGGAGAUCAAGGCGGAACCGCCUUCCAACUCCUAUGUGAAGGGCCUCGAGAAGGACUCGAAAGACGGGGAGUCCCCCAAGAAACCCGACUCUGAUCAGGAGGCCAAUUUUACGCCUGAGCUGAAGGAACAAGCUCCGCCGGAAGCUGUUCGCCAAUCCGGGGAUCAGAACAAAACCCGUCAGCUGGGCGAAGACAUGGGCCUGGAGGAACAUGCUCCUCCGGAAGCUCUUCGUCAAUCCGGGGAUCAGAAUAACACCCGUCAGCUGGGCGGAGACAUGGGCCUGGAGGAACAAGCCCCACCGCAAGCUAUUGGCCAAUCCGGGGAUCAGAAUAACACUCGUCAGCUGGGCGGAGACUUGGGCCUGGAGGAACAAGCUCCUCCCGAAGCUCUUCGCCAAACCGAGGAGGAACAAAAACAAUCUAAGGGAAAUUCCUUGCCAAAGCGCAAAUAUCAGGGUACGGACAACGAAACCAAGAAACCAAAGCUAAUGGAUCCAUAAGACAAGGACCAGGAGAUAGUCAUCGCCAAACUCCUGCUCGCCUUGCCAAAGAUGUGGAUCCUUUUCAACCUUAAACUAUGCCUAUAGGUCAUCUCUACGCCACUCCAGUACCCCCUUUAGCAUACAAAUAACUACAAUUAUUACACUUAAAAUAA